CUAACAUUCCAUGGAAGAAGGUAGAGUAUGAUGAAUCAAACACACUUUUGUUGGAUGAUUCCCCGUAUAAAGCUUUGCGAAAUCCUGCAAAUAUUGCUAUAUUUCCAUAUCCUUAUCAAUACACAGAUGCUGCAGAUUGUUCAUUAGGUGAGAUGUGAACUUGCAUGCUUUAGGGAAUUUAAGGUACACAAACAGUUUUGACCGCGAUAUAGUAUCUAAGCCUUCACAGGGACAUUUUUUGAGCUUAUCUUUUUGGCCCUUUCACAGUAUAGAAAAGGUAAUAGUGGAUCUUUUUAAAAUAGGUUCGGUAGAUCCUACUCUUACCUCUAUUGAAACCAUGAACUUGUUGGAUCAAAAUACCUUUUUUCCUGUUAGGGAACCGUGUUUUAAAGCUGUGUUCAUAUGGAGCAGUGUAAUUGCUCAACCAGUUACCAUUCAUUACCUAUGUAAAUAAUUUUUUUGAUAAGAAUUACCUAUGUAAAUAAUAUUGGUUCAUGUUACAGAUCUACCAUUUGAGUUUGCAUUGACGGUCAUCUGUACCUAAUAGCUCCCCAUUGUAUUAUUCGUUAUGUGCGCAUUUUAUCAUAAUCUUCAUUGUUAAAUAAUGUUUGCAACACAACCUGGAGGAGAUCUUCGAAUAUAUCUUGAACGGUUAGCUGAAGCAGAGAAUGUCCAGAAAUUCAUUGGGCAAAAUCCAUUCGGACAAUCAGCUAUCACAGAGGCAGAUCCACAUUGGGAUUUCUAUUCCCAAAUUAUAGAUGAUGAGACAUUGGAAGCUUGUUGGUCUCCCAGAAACCGGAGAAGCAGGAGCAGAUCUCCCAGAAAUCAGAGAAGCAGGAGCAGGUCUCCCAGAAACAGGAGAAGCAGGAGCAGGUCUCCCAGAAACCGGAGAAGCAGGAACAGGUCUCCAGAAACCGGAGAAGCAGGAGCAGGUCUCCCAGAAACCGGAGAAGCAGGAGCAGGUCUCCCAGAAGUCGGAGAAGCAGGAACACGUCUUCUAGAAACUGGAGAAGCAGGAGCAGGUUCCCAGUUUUAACAAUACAGAUGAAUUCAGUGGUGAAAAUAAGAGACGGGUGAAGGGACAGAUUCCAUUCUGUUUUGACUUCCGUCGAGGCAGGUGUUACCGUGGAGGGUCUUGUCGUUAUCUGCACCAUGAUUCUGGCAGGAGUUAUGAAUCAAGGUGGGAAAGGAGCAAACAGCAGUAUCUGGAGUUACCUAAUGCUUCUAGGAGGACUAAUAAUGCUCGUGAAGAGAUCAAGCAGAGCUCUGAGAAAAGAGAAGAUUCUUGUGAUGUAGGUGCUCAUGUUCAAAAUAAUCAAUCAAAUGAGUAUCACAUGGUUAAGUCUGAUAGAUCUAGAGACAUCCCAACCUCUUUAUUUGAAACACACAUGUUAGAAAACAAGCAGGAAAAGCAUAAUCCUUUCAGUUAUGAGAAUUGUCGGAUAAGCAG